AUGGCAGGCCCUGAGUUGCGAUGGGGAGUUGUUGGCACCGGCUGGAUUGCCGGCAUGUUCGUCGACGAUAUCCUUGCUCCCCGAGCGAGUGGUCCUGCGAAGCACAUCCUUGGGGCUGCUGGCACUACGAGCAGCGUUGAGAAGGCCGAAAAGUUCAUCGACGCGCACUGGAAAGGCGAUGGCCAACGCCCCAAGGCCUACGCUUCGUACCAGGAGGUGUACGACUCUCCUGAUAUCGACAUUAUUUACAUCGCCACCCCUCACAGCCUCCACAAACAGAACUGCCUAGAUGCCAUCAAGGCAGGAAAGCACGUACUAUGUGAAAAGCCUUUUACUAUCAACAGCAAAGAGGCUGAAGAAGUUGUCGCCGCCGCGAAGGCCAAGGGCGUCUUCCUGAUGGAAGCGGUCUGGACGAGAUUCUUCCCCUUGGCCAUUGAGCUGGAGAAGAAAAUUCAGGCAGGUGCCAUUGGUCGUGUAUGGCGCUCCAUCAUCCAAAUCGGCUUCGGAGGCGACUGGGAUGCCCUCCCUCAAAGCUCACGCCUCAAGGACCCCGCCCUGGGUGGUGGUGCCCUCCUGGAUCUUUGCGUCUAUCCUAUCAGCUACUCUUCUUUGAUCAUGGGCCGGGGUCAACUCGGCGAGGAUCAUCCCGAGUUGAAGGUCACGUCGUCAAUGGAUAUCGUCAACGGUGCUGAUGAGGCCGAUGUCGUUACGCUGCAAUACAAAACGCCCGACAACCAUUCACAGACUGCCGUCUGCAUUGCGACUGUCCUUGCCGACAGCCCGCCGGACUUUGGGCGAAUUGAAGGCAAGGAGGGAUCAAUUACGCUCUACACUGAGCUGGGGCCUAGUUGCCCUACCGGAUUCAGGGUGAAAAAUGCCAAGGGAGAGGAGGAGGAUUUCCCCUUCAAGCAUGCCGAAGGCACUUUUGGAUUCAUCUAUGAGGCAGAUGCAGUUGCACAGGAUAUCGCCGCGGGACGAACGGAAAACGAGAGAAUGCCUCUCGCAGAGUCGCUGAGAGUGAUGCGCCUGAUGGAUCAGAUUCGAGCACAGAAUGGCUUGGUCUAUCCCCAAGACAAGCAGUAG